AUGUACGUCAUCGACGAUCUGAACUGGGAUAUGAUCCUGGGUAAACGAUGGAUGGAAGACCAGGAUGUUCACAUCCAUGCGAAGGAAGGAUAUCUCGAGAUCGGGUCCAAUGGAGUCCAAGUACGAGACCGACGACGUUACCAGCCUCCUCAGCUAGACGUCUCUAAUGUCAUGGCCGCAACCUUUUUAGCAGAAGCACGCCGUGACAAACGCAAAGGCGGCAUUGGAGUUCACUCGGUCACAAUGGCGGAUAUUGACAAGGCCCUAAGACCGAAACCGAAGACUGACGUAAUGGAGAAGCUGCCACCACAGUACCACAAGUGGUCUCGAGCUUUCUCUCAGCAACUGGCCGACCAGCUGCCCCCUCAUCGGCCAGCCCUACCCUGGGGACCGCUUUACAGCAUGUCCCGCGAGGAGCUAUUGGUGCUACGAAAGACCCUCACAGAACUACUCGACAAGGGAUUUAUUAGAGUCAGCAGCUCGCCAGCCGCAGCACCAGUCCUUAUGAGGGACCGCUAUCCCUUGCCUUUACUGAGCGAGACCUUGCGAACGAUAGCCAAGGGUCGCCCUGGCGACGAAGAAAAGACAGCCUUCAGAACGCGCUAUGGAUCCUUCGAAUGGCUGGUAGUUCCAUUCGGCCUGACAGGCGCACCAGCAGCCUUUCAGCGGUAUAUUAACAGCGUGCUCCAGGAUUACCUCGAUGAUUUUGUGUCAGCGUAUAUCGACGAUGUCCUGAUCUUCUCCUCUGGAAGCCUGCAAGACCACCGCGACAAAGUCGGCAAGGUCCUCCAACGACUGAUGGACGCUGGGCUGCAACUGGACAUCAACAAGAGCGAAUUCGAAGUCAAGGCUGUGAAAUACCUUGGGUUCAUCAUCGAGGCGGAGUGUGGGAUCCGAGUCGACCCAGAGAAGGUUGAGGCUGUGAAGGGAUGGGCAACCCCGACGAAUAUUAAAUCCGACGUGCCAUUCCGUUGGGAUGGAUUGUGCGAAGAAGCCUUCGAGAAGCUCAAGGACCUGUUGAUCACGGCCCCGAUCCUUGCACACUUCCAUCCAGAAAGGGAGACUAUCGUGGAAGCGGACGCUUCAGGAUUCGCGUCGGGAGGCAAACAUUCGGCAGCCGAAGCGAACUACGCUAUCCAUGACAAGGAGCUACUCGCCAUUCUCAGAUGUUUGGAGCAGUGGGAACCAGAGCUACGGGCAGUAGAGCACUUCAAGAUCCUAACGGACCACAAGAACCUGAGAUACUUCUACUCGGAAAGGAGGUUGACAGAGAGACAAGUGCGGUGGUCGGAGUUCCUGUCCAAGUUCCAAUUCAAGCUCGAAUGGAGGCCGGGCCGCAAGGGCGGAUUGCCUGACGCGAUCUCGACGGGACCAGGAUAUGCCGGCAAACUACUCCGAUGA